AUUGACACAGCAUUUUCAGCCCAGUGUGAAUGAGUACGCACAGGAGAAGGCUGCACAGACAUGAUUAUAGUCAGUGAAAGGAGGCAGCAGAAACAAUAGGGAUGUAAGAAUGACGAAGCGAUGAAGAAGAAACUAAAAGGAGAAACUACAAGAGAGGAAGAAGAACGAGAGGAGAACAAAUCACAGACCACAUAAAUCUAAGGAUGUGGGACAGUGAAAGUUAGACUUUGAGAAGUGAAGAACAACUAAGUGACGGAAAACAACAAUUAACUUGCAGGUGGUCUUCUUAGCGGCCCAAGCAUCUCCAUGGCAAAGACCUGAUCUUUGGGAGCAGGACAGAGUCUGGCCUCCCAUCCAGGUCCCAUACCAGAAAUCCUUGGCGUCAUGGGAACAAGUAGGUCCAACAGGUAUGACAUUAUGUCAGCUGUUUUACCAGAAGAGGAACGCAAGAAGAUCUCUAGCUUAGUACUCCCUAACGGCCACAAUUCCCUCAACUUCCGACUGCCCUCGGCCUGCGGCGCAGAGACAGAAGACAGCAGGAAGAGUUCUGCAGCCUCUGCUGCCGUGCCCAACACGAGGGGACAAAAAAUGAUGAACAACUACAACGGAAAGAUUCUGACAAGGAGCUCCAACCAAAUACGGAGUCGGUUUGUAAAGAAAAAUGGACAAUGUAAUGUUGUGUUCACCAACAUGGACGAAAAGAGGCAGCGGUACCUCGCUGACAUCUUCACCACCUGCGUGGACACCCGCUGGAGAUACCUGCUGCUUCUAUUCUGCACCAGCUUCUUGGUCUCAUGGCUUUUCUUUGGCAUUAUCUUUUACAGUGUCUCCCUAGUACAUGGGGACUUUGAGGAGCAACCGACGGUGAAAGGUGAUGGGCUGGCGGUGGCGGGGCUGCAUGGACCCACCUUUGGACACACAUCUGGAGAGCAGACACAAAGACUGCCCUGCAUACUUCAUGUCCGUGGCUUUGUUGGGGCGCUCCUGUUCUCAAUGGAGACCCAGACCACAAUUGGUUAUGGCUGGCGCUGCGUUACCGAGGAGUGCCCUGUCACUGUGAUAACAGUGGUCAUCCAGUCCAUUGUGGGCUGCAUCAUCGACUCUUUCAUGAUUGGCACCAUCAUGGCCAAGAUGGCCCGGCCAAAGAAGAGGAAUCAGACCCUGGUGUUCUCCAAAAAUGCUGUCAUCGCCCUGCGCGAUGGGAAGCUGUGCCUCAUGUGGAGGGUGGGCAACCUGAGGAAGAGCCACAUCGUGGAGGCUCAUGUCCGUGCACAGCUCAUACGUUCAUAUGUCACAGCUGAGGGGGAGUUUAUCCCCUUGGAGCAGAUGGACCUCAAUGUGGGCUAUGAUGAGGGCACAGAUAGGCUGUUUCUGGUAUCCCCGCUUGUUAUAAUCCAUGAGAUAGAUAAGGAUAGUCCCUUGUAUACUUUAAGCAGAGCUGAUCUGGAGACGGAUGACUUUGAGAUUGUCGUGAUCUUGGAGGGGAUGGUGGAGGCCACGGCCAUGACCACCCAGUUCCGUAGCUCCUACCUUGCCAGAGAGGUCUUGUGGGGUUACAGGUUUGAGCCUGUGAUCUAUGAGGACCGGGACUGCUACAAGGUAGACUACUCUCGCUUCCACAAGAUCUGUGAGGUGCCGUCGAUGACCCGCCUCAGCGCCAAAGAGCUUAACGAGGCCGCAAGUCGGGCCUCUUCUGCUGCUUCUGGCGCUUCUCCGGUCUCUGCAUGUAGAUCCACACAAGACUUGAUUCCCAGGGCACUGAGCGCCUUUUGUUACGAGAACGAGUUAGCAUUGAGCUCUGGGGAGGAUGAGGAUGACAUCUUCGACUCCCAGAUUGGGCAGAAGGAGAGAGCAGAGGAGAGGAGGACUUCUGUAGAUUUCAAAAAUAUGUUCCAGGACGAUGCGACUGUGACAGCAGGCAGUCACAGCGUCAUGUGUGUUCUAGACAUGGACAAUAACCAGAUGGAGUUUGACAUCCUACAGACUGACAUCCCUCUAGAUCCAGUGACCUAUAAGAAUGAGCAAGAGAGCUAAACAUUGUCACGUGUCCUUUUUUUUUUUUUUUUUUAACCAAACCCAAAUCCUUUCAACCCAAAGAGGGAUUGCUUGGCGAUGUGUUCAAUUUUGGAUUGCAAGUACAGAAAUUAUUAUGAUUUCAUAACCACACGUUUCAGACUGAACGUACAUUUUUGAACAGUUAAAAACAGUUACAAAAUGUACUUUAUUUAACAUUUCAUUUGUUCUGUGAAUGUAAACAAGAUGUUUUAUGAAAGUAAUAGCAGUUUUGAUGUAAUUAUCUAACUUUCCGAAGAUAACUGAGCUCAAGACUUAAAUAGUCAUUUUUUAAGAUGCACUGUUUUAUCAAAAAGUGGUCACUUUAUGCUAGAUAAUCUCCAUGUUGUUCAUGGGUUUCAAUGGGCAUUAUAUCUGCAAUACUUCCCUGCUAAUUCGGCUAUUUGCACAUUUGUGAAACUGCCUGUUUUGUUAAAUCCAUUCCUGUAAAUCUAGGAAAAAACGUAUUUAUGUAAAUAAUAAGUUAGUUAUAAACUACUGUUGUGUUUUUUGCUGUGCAGUACUCCCAGGAGCAUCCCAAGUGCAAUCACAAAGAGUAAGCAAAGCAAAACAAGUCUUGAUUUAUUGUGAUUUACGACAACAGCAUUGCAUUUCAAGUCUUAUGUUAUAAACAAUUUUAUUUCUUCUGAAAACAAGAGAGAAUUGAAUGAAAACUGAACCGGAUUUACCUUAGUAGUAACCAAGACUUUUGUUACUGUGGAUCAGUGAUUCCCAACCAGGGGUACGUGUACUGUUUUCAGGGGGUAAAUGGAAAGAUUUUAGUGUAGCUCAACUAACAAAAAAUAAAACAAAUUAAAAAUUAGGAUUUGAUUGGAAGAAUAUAUCCAUGUAUAACCAUGAAGUCAACUGUAACACCUGAACGCUGCAUGUUAUGUAAUAGUAUAAAAGUAAGAGAAUAAGCAAGUUUUAAACAGGUAACGGUAAUGAAUAAAAGUAACUAGUUAAAAGUAAUGACUAAACAGUUCCAAUGGUAAGCAAAGUAUGGUAGAAACGGUUAAAAUAGCUCAAAAUUAAAAUAGUUAGCUAAAGGUAAUGGAUCACUAUAAGUAAUACUAGCCUAGAAGGUUUAUAAUAGUGUGAAUGCUGACCAAACCCACCUUAAUAUUGCCAGUUUAGUUCUAUAAAAUAAUAAAAAACAGAGCCCAAUUUUAUAUAAUGGGUGUUAAACAUUUGAAACACAUUGUGAAUUGAUGACUGGAUAUGCAAGUUCAUCUGAAAGGGCUGUGGGGGGGACCCCGCAGGAAAACGGUUUGCAACCACUGCUGUAGAUUAUAGGUAGGCUAUUAACAAAAAAAAGUCUAUCUAAUAUUACUCUUUUAGUUUUACUAAUUAUAGAGCAAAGUAGACCUUUUGUUUACUUGAUGGAUGUUUUUUUGUUGGUUUGUUUCUUGCGGAGGCUGCAGACGGUGAUAACAGAAACUAUGUUGGUGGCUUUAAUUCAUUCAUUUGUGCUGUUGUUGCUCGCCAAAGGUUCUGGAGUAGGAAAGUAACACACAUAGUGCCUCUGAUUUAUCAUUUGAAAACUGGGGUGCAUGCUGCCUGAGUGUACUCAUUGUCUUUGAUAGAAAGGUUGUGAAGCCACUGUAAAACUCAACAGGAACUAAAGAGAUGAAGGCUGAGGAGUACAGGGUCUGGAAAUGUGCAAUAGGUCACUGGGACAGUAGAGAUAAAGUCAAGUGUAACUGCAUGGCAGGUUGACAGCUGUGAAGUAAGUUGUAACAAUGACAGUAAAAAACCCUCUUUUUUUCUUAUACAAGAAGAUGCACAUGGUAUUUGCAGUUAAACUUAAUUUAAUCAAAUGUGGCAAAUUUCUCCAUUGUGGUACUUAAAGCGAACUAAAAACCAACAAAUGUUUCAAUACAUUAGACUGUGAAUGUAUUUUUCCCUGUCACCUUUAGGUAGUCACACAGCUUUCAGAGCAGUCUACCUGCUGCACCUGAUGAUAGUGCAACUGCAUUUAAAUCUUCUAAAUUUGAAUCAAUCUGAAAUUGCUUGAGAUCAACUCAUGUAUACCCAACUGGUCUUUCUGCAAUGUUGGUUUGAGUGCAGGGAAACAGCAAACUGUAAAUGCCAUUUUGUGUAAUAGACAUAAUACUUGGUUUCUUUUGCCUGCUGCUUUGUAUAAAUCUAAUGAGAAACAUGCACUAACCAAACUCUUGUCCUAAUUGAAAUAGGCUGAGAAGAAUCUCAAGAACAAAGCACUUUAUUCAUCCUUGUAUAUUUUUGAUGUUUCAAAUAAAUAUUUAUCUAAUUCUG